UUCACGAAUUCUUCUUCAGAAAGAGAAAAUCCUCAAAACGAGCGAUAUCACGUUUCGUGGCCAAUGCACGUCAGCAUCUGCAUAGUUUAAUUCCGGAUUUCUCAGUAAUUGCGUUGCCUGCUACAGGUAUUUGAAAAAAGUAUUCAAUGGCAUCUAAAUUGGUGUCCAGCUACAACGAACCGGCGAUCGGUGGUCUCAUCGUGGCCGAACUGAUCAAAAGUUCGAAUCCGAUAGAAGUAAGCUGGGGCCAGGAAAUUUCGAUUACCUUUUCCAACCGUACUUUGGUGUGUGUCACUAAUAACGAUGUUUUGAGAACUUUGGCUCGCGAUGCUCCCAAAUAUCAACUUUACGGAAAGACACCGAUUGAGCGUACGCAGAUUGAUCAUUGGCUGACUUAUACGCUUUCAGUGGAAAAAGAUCCUGCAGAUGAGCUGGAAUAUUUAAACAAAUGUCUAGCACCGUUAACAUUUCUGGUUGCAAACCAUCUAACCAUUGCCGAUUUGGCCGUUUUCAAUGAGCUGUUUAGUCGUUAUGCUGAAUUGAAAACGAUUGGGAUCCCAGUACAUGUCCAACGGUGGUACGAUCUAAUAUCCGCUCAUCCAGCAGUAAAACAGGUCAUAGCGAAACUGCCUAAAGAGGCGAAGUUGGGGCGAAGAGUUGCACGAGCUGGCAGUGUGGAGAAAAGUGGUGAACGGAAACAAGAAGGAAAAUUUGUGGAUCUACCGGGAGCGGAGAUGGGCAAAGUUGUGGUACGUUUUCCUCCAGAGGCAUCCGGUUAUCUACAUAUUGGUCAUGCUAAGGCUGCUUUGCUCAAUCAGUACUACCAGCAAGCCUUCCAAGGCAAAUUAAUAAUGAGAUUCGACGAUACCAACCCGGCUAAGGAAAAUGUUCACUUUGAGAAAGUCAUUCUGGAAGAUUUAGAGAUGCUUCAGUUGAAACCCGAUCUUUUUACUCAUACCUCACAGUAUUUCGAUCUGAUGUUGGAGUAUUGCGAGCGCUUAAUGAAGGAAGGCAAAGCAUAUGUGGAUGACACAGAGCCGGAACAAAUGAAAAAGGAACGUGAUGAAAGAGUAGAAUCCAGAAAUCGUUCGAACUCGAUCGAAAAAAAUAUGUCCAUGUGGAAAGAGAUGGUUCAAGGGACUACUUUUGGGCAAAAAUGUUGCGUUAGAGCCAAGAUUGAUAUGUCUUCGGAUAAUGGUUGUAUGAGAGAUCCAACAAUUUAUCGAUGCAAAAAUGAGCCGCAUCCUAGGACCGGAACGCAAUAUAAAGUAUACCCUACUUACGAUUUCGCAUGUCCUAUUGUAGAUGCUAUCGAAAACGUAACACAUACUCUUCGCACAAUGGAAUAUCAUGAUCGCGAUGAUCAAUUUUACUGGUUUAUUGACGCUCUUAAGCUUCGUCGUCCUUAUAUUUGGGAAUAUAGUCGUCUCAAUAUGACCAACACUGUUCUUUCCAAGCGGAAACUGACCUGGUUCGUUGAAGAGGGACUUGUCGAUGGCUGGGACGACCCAAGAAUGCCAACAGUAAGAGGAAUCCUACGUCGUGGAAUGACUGUUGAAGGAUUGAAAGAGUUUAUCAUUGCUCAAGGGUCGAGCAAGUCGGUCGUUUUUAUGGAAUGGGACAAAAUUUGGGCUUUCAACAAAAAAGUUAUCGAUCCGAUUGCUCCUCGCUACACUGCACUUGAAAUUGAAAACCGCGUCAUCGUGAAUGUAUCAGGUGUUCCAUUGGAAGCAACAAAAGUUUCGGUUCAUCCAAAGGAUCCCACUAUUGGCACCAAAACUGUCUGGAUUGGACCAAAAGUUCUAAUAGACUAUGCUGAUGCAGUUGAACUCAAAGAAGGAGAAAAUGCAACCUUCAUAAAUUGGGGCAAUAUAAUGAUUAACAAAAUCAACAAAGAUGCAUCCUCGAACCGGAUUACAUCGAUCGAUGCUACUCCAAAUUUAGAAAACAAGGAUUUCAAGAAGACUCUCAAAUUGACAUGGCUUUGCGAGCAGGAUCCUUUUGAAUAUCCACCCACAUAUUGUGUCUAUUUUGAACACAUUAUAAGUAAAUCUGUUCUAGGAAAAGACGAAGAUUUCAAAUCAUAUAUAGGCCAUACGACGAGAACCGAAAUCCCAAUGUUGGGCGAUCCGGAGUUGAAAAAGUUACGACAAGGUGACAUUAUUCAGCUGCAAAGACGCGGUUUCUUCAAGGUUGACCAAGCGUACAGACCGGCCAGUGAGUUUGGCGGAGUCGAAACUCCAAUCGUCUUGUUUGCCAUACCCGAUGGACAUGCUAAGGAGCAACCAACGGCCGGGAUACCUAAAAAAGGAACAACUGCAGCCGACAGUAAGAAAGCUGGGAAAACCUCGUCACAAGCAGCAUCUAAAGCUGCGCCAAGCGCACCGAAAGUGGAUCAGCUAAAUUAUGCCAUUGUGCAACAGGGUGAAUUAGUAAGAAAGUUAAAAUCGGAUAAAUCAGCUAAAGCGGAAAUCGAGAGCGCAGUGAAGCUUCUUUUGGAACUUAAGGCAAAAUAUAAGGAGGCUUCUGGACAGGAUUGGAAACCUGGUGUAGCAGUUGCUGCCACGUCAACUCCUGCUGCAUCUGAUUCUUCAGCCGCUUCAGUGAACCUUAAAAUUAUCGAGCAAGGUAACGUGGUUCGUGAUUUGAAAGGGAAAAAGGUUUCGAAAGCGGAGAUCGAUGCGGCCAUCAAGAAGUUGCUCGAAUUGAAAUUUGAAUACAAAACUAUCACGGGUAAGGAUUGGAAACCAGAAACUUCGCCAGCGCCCGUGGCCACUGCACCAGUCAAACAGGAAAGUGGCAGUUCAGCACCAGUAAACAUACAUGAGCAAAUCGUUAAACAAGGUGACUUGGUUCGUGAUUUGAAGUCGAAGAAAGCAGCCAAACCAGACAUCGAUUCUGCAGUUAAAAUUCUACUCGGCCUUAAGGCAGAUUAUAAGAAGGCUACCGGGCAAGAUUGGACUCCUGGGUGUGUAGUUCUGGUAGAAUCGGCUCCUGUUAAACCAACAGAAGCAUCAGCAUCUUCAAAAAAAGAAGACGAAAUCCUUGAGAAAAUUGCAAAACAAGGUGAUAAAAUUCGUACAUUGAAAUCGAACAAAGUGGAUAAAGCUGCAAUUGAAACUGAGGUAAAGCAGUUGCUUCAAUUGAAGGCUGAUUACAAAACUUUGACCGGCAAGGAUUGGAAACCAGGAACCACAGUUGUUCCGUCUGUGCAGAAUAAGGAAAACAUGGCCCCAAUAAAAAAUGAAACAACUCCAGCUUCAAGCAACAGCGAUGCGCUCGUUGCUAAAGUAAACGAACAAGGAGAUUUGGUGAGGAAUCUCAAAUCUUCGGGAGCACCCAAGGAUCAGAUUGAAGCAGCAGUUAAGCAAUUGCUUGACUUCAAAGCGGAAUAUAAGAAAUUAACGGGCAACGAUUUUCCCGUUGCCGGGCGAACUCCUAAACCUGCCGCACAGAAAAAGGAGACUCAAAAGAAGGUGGAGAAACCCAAAGUAGAAGCCAAACUGAAGGAAACAGAUGGCGCAGGACCUAAAAAACAAACUCGCCUAGGGUUGGAAGCUUCUAAGGAAGAAAACUUACCUGACUGGUAUUCGCAAGUUAUCACUAAAGGUGAAAUGAUUGAAUACUACGACGUGUCAGGUUGCUAUAUUCUUCGUCACUGGUCCUUCGCCAUCUGGAAAGCAAUCAAACACUGGUUCGAUUUCGAAAUAACAAAAAUGGGUGUAAAAGAGUGUUAUUUCCCAAUUUUUGUUUCUCGAGCAGCUCUUGAACGUGAAAAGGAUCACAUUGCAGAUUUUGCUCCAGAGGUAGCCUGGGUCACCAAGAGCGGAGAGUCUGAAUUGGCAGAACCCAUUGCUGUCCGUCCAACAUCCGAAACUGUAAUGUAUCCAGCGUAUGCCAAAUGGAUUCAAUCAUAUCGUGAUUUACCCAUUAGGUUGAAUCAGUGGAACAAUGUUGUAAGGUGGGAAUUCAAACACCCUCAACCAUUUUUGCGUACACGUGAGUUUUUGUGGCAAGAGGGCCAUACUGCUUUUGCCACACGUGAAGAAGCCUGUGAGGAAGUUCUCCAAAUCCUAGAACUCUACGCCAAAGUAUAUACAGAUUUGUUGGCCAUUCCGGUUGUAAAAGGACGUAAAACGGAGAAGGAGAAAUUUGCUGGUGGAGAUUAUACUACAACUGUAGAAGCUUUCAUUUCCGCGUCUGGUCGAGCGAUUCAGGGAGCAACAAGCCAUCAUUUGGGGCAAAACUUUUCUAAAAUGUUCAAUAUCGUUUAUGAACAUCCGGAAACAAAAGAAAAAGAAUUUGUUCACCAAAAUUCGUGGGGUAUAACAACUCGAACGAUCGGCGUGAUGAUUAUGGUACAUGCCGAUAAUCAAGGUUUGGUCCUGCCGCCACGUGUUGCCUGCAUUCAGGUGAUUAUUGUUCCUUGUGGAAUUACUGCCAACACCACCGAUGACGAAAGGAAAACUCUGUACGAUAGCUGCAAAGUUCUUGAAGAAGAUCUGGUGAAAGCCAGAGUAAGAUGUGAGGGCGAUUAUCGUGACAACUAUUCUCCAGGUUGGAAGUAUAACCAUUGGGAAUUGAAAGGUGUUCCGAUACGCAUUGAAUUAGGAUUCAAAGAUUUAAAGAACCAACAGUUUGUAGCCGUUCGUCGAGAUACCGGGGAUAAGCUUAUCAUUAAACGUGACAAAGCCGUCAUUGAUAUACCAACUUUGCUUGAAACUAUUCAUGAAAGUAUGUAUAAACGGGCUGAAAAGGAUCUAGAAGAUCAUUUGAAAACUACAAAAACGUGGACAGAAUUCAUCCCACUUUUGGAAGCAAAGAACAUUAUCAUGGCACCUUUCUGUGGAGAAAUACCUUGUGAAGAUAAAAUAAAAGCAGAUAGUGCCCGGGACGAUGCAGAAGCAGAACCUGGAGCUCCAGCCAUGGGUGCUAAAUCCUUAUGCAUACCAUUCGUGCAACCUGCUGCGAUCGAUAAGAAUGACAAAUGUAUUCAUCCAGCAUGCGGAAAACCUGCCAAAUUCUACACUCUGUUCGGCAGAAGCUAUUAAAAUGCUUGUGAAGCUUCGAUUAGCUUCGAAACGUGUUCUUCUUUUCUUCACAUAAUCUGAUUAAAGUUCAGAAGGUUGAAAAAAAAAAACUUUUCCACGAAUGUUCAAGCUUCAUCAAUACAUGUGCUCGUCACUUAUUUUACUCAGCGCAAAAGAUAAAAUAAACAUUGUUCAUAGUGAUUAAUCAGGUUUCCACUGACUAACAGUUGCUCUUCGAAAAAAAGUUUUAAUUUGAUAA